AUGGUAAUCAAGCUGCAAUGGACAGAGAGGAAGAAAUGGAGGGACAUACUUCAUCAUCUUUUGGAUGUGACUAUGUUUCUAGCUCGACAGAACCUUCCUUUUCGUGGUCAUAGGGAGGAUAUGUUAUCAAUAAACAAAGGCAAUUUCCUGGAACUGGUGGAGUUACUAUCAAACUAUGAUCCUGUUUUGAAAGAAUAUCUUUUGGAGGUUAAGCAUGCUAUUCCAUCUCAGACAUCUGGAAGGAGAGUGAGCUCUUAUUUGUUACCAAAUAUUCAGAAUGAAUUCAUCUGUCUUCUAGGAAAUAAUGAUAAGGAAAAAAUAUUGGCUGACAUCAAGAAGGCCAAGUAUUUUGGAAUUCUUUUUGACAGUACACCUGAUAUUUCUCAUGCAGAUCAGAUGUCCGAAGUGAUUAGAUAUGUCCAUGUUGAAGGUGAUUCUGUUGAAGUAAGGGAAUCUUUCUUGGGUUUCUUUCCUAUUGCUGGAAAAACUGCAAAUGAGCUCACAAAGGAUAUCCUGAGUAAUUUGGAGAGUGAUGGACUGGACAUUAACUUUUGCUGCAGUCAGGGAUAUGAUAAUGCUGCAACUAUGACUGGCAUUCAUGGAGGUGUUCAGAAGAGAAUCAAAGAAAUAAAUCCAAAGGUUUUGUUUGUGCCUUGUGCCAAUCAUUCCUUGAACCUUUGUGGGAUACACUCUUUUGGAACCAAUCCUUUGUGUGUAACAUUCUUUGGAACUGUAGAGAAACUUUAUUGCUUUUUUUCACUUUCAACUCACCGAUGGGAAGUACUGAAAGAAAAUAUGAACCCGACAGUCAAAAGACUUUCUCAGACUAGAUGGAGUGCACAUCAUGAUGCCAUAAAGCCUCUCAAGAAACAAUUUGAGAAGCUGAUCAUAGCCCUGGAAACAUUGACGGAUCAAAGAGAAAAUGUUGACACAAGAGGAUCAGCUGAAGUUUUGCUUAAAGCUCUAUUCAGCCAAGCUACUUGCUUUCUGCAAAAAGAACGACUACUUCAGGAGAGUAUUUCAAAUUCAAGCAUGACCAAGAUUUUUAAUGAAAUUUCUGAUGAUAUCAUGGUAGAAAUUAUGCGACUUCGCACACAUGGAGGCUGCCAAAAUCACACCUGA